AAUGAUGCUUUUUGUAAUUUUAAGCCCGCCAAAGUUUACAAAAGCGCUGCCAACUUCACAAAAUAAUUUCUAGUUUUAAUUAAUUUGAUAAAUUUAUUUCUUGUAUAAUUUUGUUACUCUAAUACAAGCAUAACAAAUUCACUGCAACAUUUUACACUAAUUAAGCAGAAUUUAUUUAAAAAAUUGCUUUUAUUGAAAUGACAAUUACUCAAUUUGGUUGGCGUCCCUUGGUAAACAAGCGAUAUAACCUCACUUUAGUCAAAAUCAAAAUUUUCAAGUGGAGUGAUAAAAUGAACAAAGACCCGAUUGUCCUAAGUUACGACGAAAGCCUUUUAAGAAAAUCCGACGUGGAGCUCCUCCAAGGCCCCCAUUGGCUCAACGACAACAUAAUUUCCUUCUACUUCGAGUACUUAAAAAACACCUUCAAACAUGCCCCUCACAUAUUAUUCGUGCCCCCUGAGGUGACCCAGUGUGUGAAAAUAACCCCAAGUUCACAAAUCGGGAUAUUCCUGGACCCUCUCAAUGCCCGACAUCGACGUUUUAUAUUUUUUGCGUUGAAUGAUAAUGAAAGGCCUCAGGCGGUGGGGGGCACACAUUGGAGUCUAUUGUUGUUUUCACGGCCGGAGAAAACCAUUUAUCAUUAUGAUUCUUCCAGAGGGAUGAAUAGGGAUCAAGGGAAUUUGCGGAACAAAUAUGCCCUUGCGCCCGGCCACUCCCUCAUGGAUUGGAUCCGGUUGGGCUCCUCCGGGCGAGACCUCACCGGAGUGGGUGCUCAGGCCGGCAACCUUUCGGUGACACCUAGCGAGCUCGCCCUGCAUAACAAGGAGUCGGACGCCUGGUUAUGCAUCCGGGGGCGGGUGUACAACGUCACCGCAUACCUGCCAUUCCACCCCGGGGGCCCCGAGCAGCUCAUGAAAGGCGCCGGCAAGGACGCAACGAGACUGUUCGAGGAUGUCCAUCCGUGGGUCAACUUCGACCAAAUUCUCACCAAGUGUUACAUCGGACAACUGAAAGCACACGCGGAAUUUGAGCCGGAAGAGGUGUUCAAGAGUGAGAAAGAAGGGAAAAAUGUAAACGCACCAAACGAUGAGACUGUCACAAAUGCCACAAGGGAACCAAUUUUGUUACCGAGAUUCGACUGGAUCCAAAAAUCGGAUCACAUUACGAUUAUUUUUUAUACGGGGAAUUUUUCGAAUCCGAUGCUUGAGACGAAUCAGAGUGACGAUAACACACACAAUAUUUUUUUAACUUACAAUAACACGAUUUUCGAGAAUGAGAUUAUUUUCGCUGACAAGGUGCAUUGGCCGGGACGGAUUAAAGUCACGUGCGAAACGGGGAAAGUCGAGUUGGGGUACAAGAAGUGCCAAGGGGGGGUUUGGGACAAUUUUGGGGUGCUCAAACAAAAGGCGAGAGCUUGCACCAACUCGCUAGUGGAAGCGAAAGUAAAAUGCAAAGUAAUUAACAAAAUCAAGGUGAAUUACAACACGGUUCUUAUCGAAUUGGAGAGAAAUGAUAACACCAAAAGUGUCGUCCCGCUUGGGAAACACAUCAAGGUUUUUGAUACAAUCAAAGGGGAGGAAAUCGUCCGGAGUUAUACUCCCGUCCCCAUCUGCCUUUUCAGCAAAUUCCGCCAACAGAGUUCCACCACGGACAGUAUUUGCCUCAUGGUGAAACGCUACCCCGAGGGAAAUCUUAGCAAAAUACUUGGAGACUGCUUAACUGGCGACACUGUUACAAUCUCCAAGCCUUUAGGGUCUUUCAAUCUGCAAGAAAUCGAAAAACGCGAGACUUUCAUUAUCCUGGCGGCUGGGACCGGAAUCACGCCCAUGUUUGCCAUCAUUUUGUUCCUUCUAGAGCGAAGAAUAAGGAAGUGUCAGCGUUUAAGGCUACUGUUUUUCAACCGCACCCCCGACGACAUUCCCUUCCGAAGCCAGUUCGAGGAGCUCCAGAAGGAGGAGCCCCGUUUCAAGAUUUUCCACGUCUUAUCGCAGGCUGAUAACUCGUGGACGGGGCUCCGGGGGCACAUCAGCCGGUCAAUCCUCGAGGAAACAAUCGCCGAUCAUUUGAAAGAAACCACUUAUGUUAAAAACGAUAUUUACUUUAUGGUCUGCGGCCCCACGAUUUUUACAACUUUGACGCAACAGUUGUUCAAAGAUUUGCAAUUUAAAGACGAACAAAUACACUUUUUCUUAGGAUAGCAGGCCGUCGAUCAGUUCAUCUUGAGCAUUUUUCAGUUAAUAGGAGCGAAAAGAGCAAUAAUCCAGUCCUAGAACGCACGCGCUAAGUGAACAAACACAGCCUGGGUAGAGGUUUUUUCUGUGUUUCUCUUGUGAUAGAGCGCUUUAUGUGAAUUGUACAUAUUUAUAAGUAAAAGAAUAUUUUUCAAA